AUGACUACGGCGACAGUCGCUCUCGGAGCUCGGUUAAUUAGCAAUAAAGUUGCCAAAGUCGCGAUUCGCGGUGUGGUUACUUCGGCGAGCAACAACAACACUGCUCAGAAGCCAGUGACCGAAAAGAAGAGCUAUGGAAACUUGAAAGAUACUGAUCGUAUUUUCACAAAUCUUUAUGGAAGACACGACUAUCGUCUGAAAGGCGCUCAAUCUCGGGGAGACUGGUAUAAAACAAAAGAGAUUAUCCUGAAAGGAUCCGAAUGGAUUCUUGGAGAACUCAAAACUUCCGGACUCCGUGGACGAGGAGGAGCUGGUUUCCCUUCAGGAAUGAAGUGGGGAUUCAUGAACAAGCCUUUUGAUGGCAGACCAAAGUACCUCGUUGUGAAUGCCGACGAGGGAGAACCAGGAACCUGCAAAGAUCGCGAAAUUAUGCGUCACGAUCCGCACAAAUUGAUUGAAGGAUGCUUGAUUGGUGGAGUAGCUAUGGGAGCCCGUGCUGCUUAUAUCUACAUUCGUGGAGAAUUCUACAACGAAGCUUGCAUCCUUCAAGAAGCUAUUAAUGAAGCUUAUAAGGCUGGAUACUUGGGAAAAGAUUGUCUGGGAACUGGAUACAACUUUGACGUGUUCGUUCACCGUGGUGCUGGCGCUUACAUCUGCGGAGAAGAAACCGCUUUGAUCGAAUCACUCGAGGGAAAACAAGGAAAACCAAGACUGAAGCCGCCAUUCCCAGCUGACAUCGGACUUUUUGGAUGCCCAACAACUGUAACCAACGUCGAAACUGUUGCUGUUGCUCCAACCAUCUGCCGUCGUGGUGGAGAGUGGUUCGCUUCGUUUGGAAGAGAAAGAAAUCGUGGAACCAAGCUUUUCUGCAUUUCCGGUCAAGUUAAUAACCCAUGCACCGUCGAAGAGGAAAUGUCGAUUCCACUCAAAGAAUUGAUCGAACGCCAUUGUGGAGGAGUUAUUGGUGGAUGGGAUAAUCUUCUGGCGGUUAUUCCGGGAGGUUCUUCGGUUCCACUUAUGCCAAAACACGUUUGCGACGAUGUUCUCAUGGAUUUCGAUGCACUUGUCGCUGCUCAAUCGGGUCUUGGAACUGCUGCUGUUAUCGUCAUGAACAAACAGACUGAUAUCGUCAAAUGUAUUGCUCGCCUUUCUCUCUUCUACAAACACGAAUCGUGCGGACAGUGCACUCCAUGCCGUGAGGGAUGUAACUGGAUGAACAAGAUGAUGUGGAGAUUCGUCGAUGGAAAAGCGAAACCAUCCGAAAUUGACAUGAUUUGGGAGUUGAGUAAGCAGAUCGAAGGGCAUACGAUUUGCGCUUUGGGAGACGCGGCUGCUUGGCCUGUCCAGGGCCUUAUUCGCCACUUCCGUCCAGAACUCGAGCGCAGAAUGGCCGAAUUCCACAAAUCGGUGCUCGCUGAGCAAGGAGCGAAACAAAUCCAAUAG